GUUAUUCCAAAGGGAGUAUUUAGGUGAUUGAAGUGAGAGGAGGUUGAGGGAGGAGGGGGUUUGAUAGAGAAUGGGAAGUGAAGGACUUUGAUUCUCUUCGGACAGGUGGUCAUGGCCUCACUGCCCACUCAGGGCCCGCGAGCCCCUGACUUACUUUCUGGACUACCGCCGGCGACCUUAACUCUGGCCAACCAGAGCACAGAGGCCUCAGUGGGCAAUGGGUCGGUGGCUGGCCCAGGCGCUCAGGCUGUCACGCCGUUCCAGAGUCUGCAGCUUGUGCAUCAGCUGAAGGGGCUGAUUGUGCUGCUCUACAGCAUCGUGGUGGUCGUGGGGCUGGCGGGCAACUGCCUCCUGGUGCUGGUGAUUGCACGGGUGCGUCGGCUGCACAACGUGACCAACUUCCUCAUCGGCAACCUGGCCUUGUCCGACGUACUCAUGUGCACCGCAUGCGUGCCUCUCACGCUGGCCUACGCCUUCGAGCCACGCGGCUGGGUGUUCGGCGGUGUCCUAUGCCACCUGGUCUUCUUCCUGCAGCCCGUCACCGUCUACGUGUCGGUGUUCACGCUCACCACCAUCGCGGUGGACCGCUACGUCGUGCUGGUGCACCCGCUGCGCCGGCGCAUCUCGCUGCGCCUCAGCGCCUACGCAGUACUGGGCAUCUGGGCGCUGUCCGCGGUGCUGGCGCUGCCCGCUGCCUUGCACACUUAUCACAUCGAGCUCAAGUCGCACCGCGUACGCCUCUGCGAGGAGUUCUGGGGGUCUCAAGAGCGCCAGCGCCAGCUCUACGCUUGGGGGCUGCUGCUCGUCACCUACCUGCUUCCCCUGCUUGUCAUCCUCCUGUCUUAUGUCCGAGUGUCGGUGAAACUCCGGAACCGCGUGAUGCCGGGCUGCGUGACCCAGAGCCAGGCCGACUGGGACCGCGCGCGGCGCCGCCGCACCUUCUGCCUGUUGGUGGUGGUUGUGGUGGUGUUCGCCAUCUGCUGGCUGCCGCUACACGUCUUCAACCUGCUGCGGGACCUUGACCCGCACGCUAUUGACCCCUAUGCCUUUGGGUUAGUUCAGCUGCUCUGCCACUGGCUUGCUAUGAGUUCCGCCUGCUACAACCCCUUCAUCUACGCUUGGCUGCACGACAGCUUCCGCGAGGAGCUGCGCAAGCUGUUGCUCUCUUGGCCCCGCAAGAUAGCGCCGCACGGCCAGAGCAUGACAGUCAGUGUGGUCAUCUGAUGCCACUGCACCAGGCCUGGCUGGCCUGGGGAGCUCCACGUCCACUGGUCUUCAAGGUUACCCACCCGAGGCUAGACUCGAGAGCUUAUUCUUAGCACCAGAGCUAAGCCAAUACAGGCAAAACUUCCAGCCCACCCAUCUUGUCCAGUUGUCUUGCCUUGUCCUUGUGUCUUUGUACAAUGUCAAGUGAGCUUUGGUGGGAGUAC